GGGAGGAUGCGCCAGCAGUCAAGUUUGGGCUGAGGGAUCUCUGGGCUGCCAAAUCAGUGGGGAGUUGCUCAGAGACAGUGGGCAAGCUCUGGGACGUGCCCGGAGCCCCGGGGCAUGGACCACACAGUGUUUGUCUAAGCAGCCUAUUUCCCAGCACGGACUCGCUGGGUUUGUCUCCGGCUCGCUCUCCUGCCCCUGGGGACUGGCGUGGGAGCUGUGCAGGCGGGGUGCGCGCAGCCCCACACCGCGACGGGGGGAACCAAACAGCCUCUGCCUCGCCAGCGUGGCUGGGGCUCGGUGCUGACAGGGUUUUUGAGCAGCUGAGCACCACCUGCGGAGGACAAGAUGUUCGGGGGAAAAAUGAGCAGCGUUGGGAAGAAGCUGAUCCGCCGGCGCAUGGUGGAUCUGAGCUCCGAGGAGACGCGUUUCGCUCGCUGCCUCUCCACGCUGGACCUCAUAGCCCUAGGGGUGGGCAGCACGCUGGGGGCUGGUGUGUACGUGCUGGCCGGGGAAGUGGCCAAGGAUAGGGCUGGUCCCUCCAUCGUCCUCUGCUUCCUGGUGGCUGCACUCUCUUCGGUACUGGCUGGGCUCUGCUACGCAGAGUUUGGGGCCCGCGUCCCCAAGACUGGCUCUGCCUACCUCUACAGCUACGUGACAGUCGGCGAGAUCUGGGCUUUCACGACCGGCUGGAACCUCAUCCUGUCCUACGUGAUAGGUACAGCCAGCGUGGCCCGAGCCUGGAGCGCAGCGUUUGACAACAUCAUCGGCAACCACAUCUCCACCUUCUUCAUGAAUAAGACCACGGUACAUGUGCCAGGGGUGCUGGCCGAGCGCCCGGACUUCUUUGCACUGAUCCUGAUCGCCCUGCUUACUGCGCUGCUGGCCUUCGGCGUCAGCGAGUCCGCUCUGGUGAACAAAAUCUUCACGGCGGUGAACCUCUUGGUGCUGGGCUUCGUCAUCAUUGCCGGCUUCAUCAAGGGAAACAUCAAGAACUGGCAGCUCACGGAGCAGGACUACCUCGAUCUCGUGUUCCCAGACGUGCCGGAUGAGGAGGUCAGAAUAAAAGACUUCGGAUCCGGAGGGUUUGUCCCCUUUAAGCUGGAAGGGAUCCUGACUGGUGCCGCCACGUGUUUCUAUGCCUUUGUGGGGUUCGACUGCAUCGCCACCACAGGGGAGGAAGCCAGGAAUCCGCAGCGCUCCAUCCCCAUCGGCAUCAUCGUGUCCCUCCUCAUCUGCUUCGUGGCCUAUUUCGGGGUCUCUGCGGCACUCACCCUCAUGGUGCCCUACUUCCUUCUGGACAAGGGGAGCCCGCUGCCCGAGGCUUUCAAGGCAGUGGGCUGGAAGCCCGCCCGCUACGCCGUUGCUGUCGGCUCGCUCUGCGCGCUCUCCACCAGCUUGCUGGGCUCCAUGUUUCCCAUGCCCCGCGUGAUCUACGCCAUGGCAGAAGACGGGCUGCUCUUCAAGUUCCUCUCCAGCAUCAACAGCCGCACCAAAACUCCUCUUUCGGCCACUAUCACCUCCGGGCUCCUUGCAGCGGUGAUGGCCUUCCUGCUUGAACUGAAAGACCUGGUGGACCUCAUGUCGAUCGGCACGCUGUUGGCCUACUCCCUGGUCGCCGUGUGUGUGCUCAUCCUCCGGUACCAGUCUGGGCAGCUGAACUCCCCAAAGGCCGUGGAGAUGCUGGAGCUGAACGGGAAUGAGGAGGAGAGGGUUGUCAUGAACCCAACCAUCGCUGCCAUGGGCGCCAAGGAAAAAGAGAAGCUGUCCCUGACGACACUCUUCAACCCGUCCUCAGACACCCCCACAGCGCUCUCGGGGCGCAUCGUCUACGCCUGCGUCUCCGUCAUCGCCACCCUAAUCACAGUCAUCUGCGUGGUCCUGACCCUCAAGGUGAAUGCGCUGAAGGAGGCCGAUGUGGGCUGGAUCUCGGCCCUGGUGCUGCUCCUGGUGGCUCUGCUCAUUCCCACCAUCAUCAUUUGGAGGCAGCCGCAGAGCAACGCGAGGUUGAACUUCAAAGUACCUUUCCUCCCGCUCCUUCCGCUCAUCAGCAUCUUCGUUAACAUCCUGCUGAUGGUGCAGCUGAGUGCCGGCACCUGGGCGCGAUUUGCCAUCUGGAUGGCCGUGGGUUUUAUGAUUUACUUUGGCUACGGGAUUCGGAACAGCGUGGAAGGGAAAAAUGCGAAGGAGCCCCGUGCCGUGGCCGAGAAGCCUCUGCAACACCCUGAGUUGGACCUCAGCCCCGGGGCCACCGCGGUCUGAGGGAGGCGGCAGCCGCGAUCGACACCGGUACUCGGAGGACUCUGCCAGUAUUCCUGUGCUGGGAUGGGACUGCAACCCGCACGGCACAGGCAUCCCCCAGCCCACGGAGAGCGAGCCCAGAGUCCCGCGGAGCUGGGCCGUGCGCUGCCCUUUCCCCUCGCGGAGCAGAGGUUGCGGAGACGAGGCCCCAGGCCGGGUGGGCGAGCUGGUGGCCCGGGGCUGCUCCCUGCAAUCCCCCCCGCCGAGGGGCAGUGACACCGGCACGGCCCUCCCACCGUGGAAGCUGCUGUCAGAAAUGCUGCUUUUCCUUCCCACGAGAGGCCCGUGUGAUGGUGCAGCUUCAUUCGCCCUGUCUGUCCGUGUGGCUGUGGUCACCUCCUCUGUGUGCUUCCCAAGCGUUGGCUGUGUAGGCGCAGUUGUGACCGUGCCCGGAGCCGCGCGGUGAGGCUGGACGCGGCUCGUCCUGGUACUGCCAGCGCUCUGGGGCUCUCCAGCAGCACAGGGCUCAGCCGCCUGAGGCCCCACUCCAGUUUCGUGCCCCACGCUGAGCCCUGUGCUGCCGGAACCACGCCGCUAGGUGUGAGCAUCUGGCUCAGUCGCCUGUGAAGAUAUCAGCAGUAUAGACAUGUCAGUGUCCGUACUCGUCUGCCUUUGUACGAUUGGUGUUUUUAUGUCAAUUUUUAUACCUAUUAAACUCUAAGUGUUUUUUAA